CGAGGCGGGCAAAUGUGCGCAGUCAAAGAUCGAAAGGACCUUAAGAUGGGGCUCAGACUUUUAUGUCUCACUGUGCUCACCUUCCAACUGGCGGAGGCUGUAAUCGAACACAGAUCCUUGGAGGAGGCUCGUCUGGAGCGCCAGAGAUUGGUGCACCGGUACAUAAAGGUCCUGAACAAGGAAGAGGGAGCCAUUCGACUCGUUGGUGGAGAUUAUGAAUACGAAGGAAACAUUGAGGUCUUACACAACGGAAAAUGGGGAGCAGUUUGCGAUGAUGAGUGGGACUCCGCCGAAGGUCACAUUGUGUGCCGGCAACUUGGAUUUCCCGGCAUGCGGAAGUACACAAGAAGUGGCUUUUUUGGACCUGCCCGUCGUCGAUUCUGGAUGGACAACCUCUUCUGCGAAGGUCACGAACAGGAAUUGGUGGACUGUCAUUUUGAAGGAUGGGGCGAAAACGAUUGUGAACCCGGGGAAGCAGCUGGAGUGGUUUGUUAUCCCCCAGAAAAUUCCCUGAUUCCUGCACCAUCUCCCAUCCUCCGAGAUGAAGACCUCCCCAAGUACCCGAUUCGAUCCCAUUCCCGAUUAUAUGUGAGAUUGCGAGGCGGAAGAUCGCGAAUCGAGGGAAGAGUGGAAGUCAGUUUGGAUGGCGGUCGAUGGGGCAGUGUUUGUGCCGAUGGUUGGUCACUUUUGGAGGCCAAUGUGGUGUGUCGACAACUCGGAUUGGGUUAUGCCAGUGAGGCCUUUCAAACGGACUUUUUUGGUGGCACGAAUGUGUCGAGACCCGUGUUGAGUGGCAGUGAGUGUUAUGGCAACGAAACGGAACUGGCUGAUUGUUUGCAUCACGAUGCAAGUCAGGGCAUUGUCAGCUGCCAUGGCAAUCGGCAACAUGUGGCCGCCGUGAUCUGUGACUAUAUCGCCCCCGAUCUGGUUGUGGAUUAUCUGGAGAUCGAGCAGACGGCCCAUCUGGAGGAUCGACCCAUGCUGCUGAUGCAGUGCGCCAUGGAGGAGAACUGCGUGGCCAACGAGGCGUAUCAGAUCCAGCGAGAUGAUCCCCACUGGCGGUAUCGAUCGAGGCGGCUGCUCAAGUUCACGGCGGCUGCCAUCAACGCGGGCAACGCGGAUUUCCGACCGUUUAAGGAGAAGAGCCAGUGGGAGUGGCACAUGUGCCAUAUGCAUUUCCACAGCAUGGAGGUCUUUGCCACCUUUGACAUUUUUGAUUUGAGAGGUCACAAAGUUGCCCAAGGACACAAGGCUUCAUUCUGCUUGGAGGAUAGCAAUUGCCUGCCCGGAGUUGCCAGGAAAUAUAGUUGUGCCAACUAUGGAGAUCAAGGCAUUUCAAUCAAUUGCUCUGAUGUAUAUCUAUACAAUCUCGACUGCCAAUGGGUGGAUGUAACAGACCUUAGUCCCGGAACUUAUGUCCUCAAGAUAGCCAUUAAUCCGGAAUUCAAGGUGGCUGAGAUGAACUAUGACAACAACGCUGCCAUCUGCGAUUUGAUAUACACUGAAAACUUUGCCAGAGUGCAAAACUGCCGGCUGGGAAGACCUUAAAGGUUGCAAGGUUAGAAUUUAAUUGACGGUGGACUGGAACCAAAUCAAAAAGUGCCAAAAACUACGAUUAACCAAAGGGAGCUUGUAUAUUUUGUAAAUUUCUAUCUUUAACCUUAACUGGUAAGCGAAUAAAUUAAAAGUGCACAUUGUAAAGGUCA